CCAUUCUCAUAUGGGUUUGUGUAAAUUGAUCUUUUCCCCGAAACGCUACCAAGAUACCAAGCGCCCGAUAAGAGUAGCUGCUGGUUUGUCGUUCGUUAUCAUGUCAAUUGGCUCGAUUGGUCGGAUAAGCGACAGGGGAGUGAAUUUUGCGAGUGAACUUCAAGACAAAGUGGAACACAAAUUGAUAAGAAAGGUGUGAGGGUCGCGCUUGGUGUGCCACCACUCUGCCGUUGCAUAAUCGUGAAGCAAAGGGCAGAUGAAGUGAAGCAGUGUGACAGUCAACAUGUCGUCCGAAAGUGAAGCUGCCUGUCGUCCAGAUGCCGCUGCCGAAAAGCAAUUACCGGCCUUCCUGGACGCAUCCCUGCUGCAGUACAUUCUGGACGAAAAUCUCCCCGAUGACCCGAUCGAAGUGGACAGUUUCACCGCAGCGAUUGCCACCAAACCGGGCGACAACUACAGCAGCGACGUGUACAGGAUCGUCGUCCACUACAAUGGGUCGAAGGUAAUCCCGCUCGUGGCGAAAAUCAUGUCGGAGGAUCCGACGGUCAAGGAGUUUGGCCAACGAAUCGGUGCGUUCAUGAAGGAGGUGUACACGUGCCGCAACCUGUUGCCCAUCUUCAGCCAGAUCGUUUCGCGCGGAUCAACAAGGAUCAAGUUUGGUGCGCACUGCGUGUACGCAACGCGCGAUCCGGCCGACACGGUUGUGUUUCAGGAUCUGAAUGCGCUCGGCUACCGGAUGCCGGAUCGUACCCGGGGCGGGCUGGACCUUGCCCACUGCGAGCUGAUCAUGCGCAAGAUUGGUCUGUUCCAUGCCGCCUCCAUGGUGUACGUGGCGAGGGGACCGUUGGAGCGGCAGCUCUUCACCUACCAGUACUCGCACGGAAUGGUCCAGCCUGGGGACAAUGUAAGCAACAACCCGGGACUGAAAAUGUUUGCCAACGGGCUGGACACGUUUCUGGAAGUGUCGGCCGGCUGGCCGGAGCUGAAGCGUGAAAUUUGGACGAAGCUGAAAGCGCUCCGAUUGACGUACGCGAAGCGGUGCGCACAGUGCCUGCUGACGGAGCGGCACGACCAGCCGGAGGUCACGUUCCGUGUGCUGAAUCACGGUGACCUUUGGACGAACAAUAUGAUGUUCCGGUACGAGGAUGCAGCGGACGAGGGGACGGUGAGUGACGUGCUGUUUGUCGACUAUCAGCUGGGCAGCUACGGCAGUCCCGGGCUCGAUCUGGUGUACUGUCUGCACAACUGUCCGCAGUUUGAGGUGCGGGAAAGCAGUACCGAUCGGCUGCUCCGCCUGUACCACGAGUCGCUGUGUGAGGGACUGUCGAAUGGAGGCUACAAGCAGUCCUUCCCUACCUUUGAGGACGUGCUGAAGGAGUACGAGCGGCAUGAGUUUAUUGGGCUUGUCAGUGGACUGUCGAUGUUGCCGAUCAUCUUAAUGGAGCGCACGGACGAGGUGGAACUCACGAUGGGGAAUCUCGUCGGUGGGGAACAGGCGGUAAAGAUACGCAACAUUCAGUACCAGGGCAAGCAGUACCGCCAAUCGGUCAUUCCCAUUUUGGAGCGCUUCCAUGCCAAGGGCCUACUGGAUUAAACCACAUUAAGGGGAAUUGUUAUGAAUUUUAGGUUUUAAUUGCUAUUAAUGCCCCGAAAAAGCAUCAAAUAAUACCAUAACAAUAGCGCGCACACUGGACAGCUUUGUUUGCAGUUUGAAUAGAUACGCGUCUAUUUACAGAGAGAGUUUGCGUGCCUCUAGGUUUAUUAUCGGUUGCUUUUUGUUUAAAAAAAAUCAUGCAAAUCAUUCUUUGCUAAAUUGGCUUCCGCUGCCAGUUCUCUUUA